CCAGAAUCCCACACACAAAGGCAUAGGAGAGAGAAAGUUGAUUGGAAUGGCAAAGAAACACCAAAUAGUUCUUGGAAUAUGGGGAAUCAGAAGCAGCUUCCGUUCCCUUAUAGCCUUACUUGUGACUAUCCUAAUAAUCACAGCAGUUUAUCUCAGCCAAGAUAGUGGAAGAUUCUUUGAAAAUAGAACCAAUGUUGAAUUGUCACAGUGCAAUUUGUUUUCAGGUAAAUGGGUGUUUGAUAACCAAAGUUACCCUCUAUACAAAGAGAAGGAAUGCACCUAUAUGUCUGAUCAAUUGGCUUGUGAGAAGUUUGGAAGAAAAGACUUGAGCUAUCAGAACUGGAGGUGGCAACCUCACCAAUGUAACCUCCCUAGGUUCAAUGCCACAGCGUUGCUGGAGACGCUAAGGAACAAGAGGCUUAUAUUUGUUGGGGAUUCACUGAAUAGGGGCCAGUGGGUUUCGAUGGUCUGUCUGGUCGAUUCAGCAGUCCCUCCAACGCUUAAAUCCAUGCACACCAAUGGCUCAUUGAGCACCUUUAAGGCCACUGAAUACAAUGCCUCCAUUGAGUUCUACUGGGCUCCAUUGCUAGUGGAAUCAAACUCUGAUGAUCCAUUGAACCACCGAGUACCAAAUAGAACUGUCAGAGUCAAGGCAAUUGAAAAGCACGCUAGGCAUUGGACUGAUGCAGACAUACUCGUCUUUGAUUCCUACCUGUGGUGGAGAAGGCCCACAAUGAAAGUUCUGUGGGGAUCAUUCGAGAGCCCAGAUGGGAUAUAUAAAGAAGUUGAGAUGCUUCGCGUCUAUGAGAUGGCUCUAAGAACAUGGUCUGAUUGGUUGGAAUUUCAUGUCAAUCCAAACAAGACCCAAUUGUUUUUUGUUAGCAUGUCACCAACUCACGAAAGUGGUGAAGAUUGGGGUGAUGGUGAAAAUUGUUACUCAGAAACAGAGCCAGUUUUGAAAGAGGAAUUUUGGGGAAGUGACACAGAUCCAAAAACGAUGCGUGUAGUUGAAAAUGUGCUAGACGAUUUGAAAACAAGGGGUGUAGAUGUACAAAUGCUCAACAUUACACAACUCUCAGAAUAUAGAAAAGAAGGCCAUCCAUCAAUCUAUAGAAAGCAAUGGGAACCUCUAACCGAAGAACAAAUAUCAGACCCAAGUACUUAUGCAGAUUGUAUACAUUGGUGUCUCCCUGGAGUACCAGAUGUGUGGAAUGAGUUCUUGUAUGCUUACAUUGUUCAUCAAUGACAAAUUGGAAUUAAAAAUAAAAUUCAAGAAAAGUUUGUACUUCUUUUUCAAUUUUAAUUGUAAGUUUUUUAUUUGGGUUCAAGCGUGGUAAAGUCAUCUUUUGUUGUGAUAAC